ACCGGGGGGUUACAUACUUCUCCUGAUUCAUCACUGCCCUCAUAAUCUACCAUUCGGCCUGGCAUAACCUGCCAUAGCCAACGAUCGACCUCUCAACCUUCUUUUCUCAGAAUGCGCCCCCUUCCGCACGCUUUACUUCUCCUCCUGGUAUCCUCCACAACGCAGGCCGGUCCCGUAAGUCGCUGGAGGAGGAUACCACGGUCUCCCGACCUAUUUCACGAUUCUAGUAUCGAUACCCAUCAAGACCCGUCCGCUGGUCACACCCCAUCUUCAAGUCAACCCGACGCUCCGAUCGUCUCGCAGCAAGAACAUGAAGAGACGCCGACUCCCAUCUUCUCCACCGUGGACCCGGAUCCAUUACCAACCUCAGAAUCACCCCAGGGACGUCCCUCUUCCGGCUCUAUCGACCAAGAGUCUCCUGCUGAACAGACAACCCCGGUUUCCGAAGACGUAGGCGGAGAGGCGGACCAGCCGACCAACCUCCCCUCUGCCGAGUCGAGCUUAGUCGAGACCGUCAGCGCCGCACCGCAUCCUUCAUCUGCUGACGAGGAUAUUCGGCUACCUCCCAUUUUCAGCACCAUCUCUCUUCCCCAGCCGUCUUCCGGCGUUCGGCCGGAGGAGUCGACGAGUGUGCUGUCUGUAGACUCUUCGACUGCUCCUCUCGCCUCAUCGUCCUCCAUUGGUCAUGUCGAGCCCAUCAUCCCGUCCUCUUCGGUGUUCUCCGCCAUCCCGACAGAGGGCGUCCCGCCUCCGGAGGAAACCAGCUCAUUUCCCCCAUCCGACAUUAGCUCGUCCGCUGUCCCGACGUCGACAGAGAUCAUCAGUUCUUCGCCCCCAGAAAGCAGCUCGUUGCUUACAUCCGAAGGGAGCACUUCCGCCAUUCCGACCUUGACGGAACACACCAUAUCCUUUCAGCCUUCUAUCGUCUUCCCCUUCCCUAGACCUUCGCUCGGAAUUGAAACUUCGUCGCCAUCCUUUUCGUCUUCGGAAACUUCUGAAAUUUCUCCUGGGCCUGAGCCAACCGCCUCGUCGGAAGUGCCACCGGACUUCGACCCGACUUCUGAGUCCGUCCUCCCCGUGUCAAGUGGAUCUCCAACAUCCGAACCCACCCUUCUGCCUUCUGAUCAGGAACCCCUCCCAUCAUCCUCUCCUGAGGUACCGUCGCGUUCUCCGGACGCGCCGCCUUCGUCCACCAGCAGCGACGCCGAGCCUACUGCCGUCUCUUCCCCGCCGGUCGUCCCCACCAGGGUGCUUAACCCUGCCAUACCCACCAACAACGGCCCCCCGCCCCCAGAUUCGAGCGGGACCAUCAGCCCGGAACAAGCGGCGAAGAACCUGGAAGAGGCAAGGCGAUACUACUUCGGCUUCCAAACCCUUACCGAGCUGUCCGCUUGCGGGCCUGGCCAGUUUGGCUGCGUCGAGGGAGCCAUCGGGAGCUGCAACGAACAAGGGUUCUUUAAUCUUCGCCACUGUGAACAGCCGGGUCACAGCUGUUUCCCUUUGCCAAUGAAUCACGCCGCCGGCGUGGUUCUUGAUUGCUUUGAAGAGGCUGUGGCGUCGCGCAUCCUGGGAUUGUCCGAUCCUACUCCGACCCCUCCCCCAGAGGAGGAGGUUCCAGGUGAUAACCCACCAGAAGGGCCCCCAGAGGAUAAUCCACCAGAGGGGGCACUCCAGACGAUAACCCACCGGAGGGACCCCCGGAGGACAAUGCACCGGGAGCUCCCGAGGACAGCCCACCGGAGGAGAGUCCCGAAGACGACCCCAUUGUCACAGAAACAGUCACGCCGACCGUCACCGAGAUUGUUUCCACCGUGACACUCUCCGACGAGAUCACCGACGAAACGACGACAACCGUGCGCGGGACCCUGACCUCUACUGUUUUUGUCACCGUGACCCCGGAACCCGAGCCCGCCCCCGAGCCUGGAACGACUCUCCUUAUCACCGUCACUGUGACUGCCCAACCGCAACCGCAAGCCCCGAGUCCCGCCGAGCCACCGUCUUCCUCCGCUAUUGUCGAGCAAUCGCCCCCUCCUCCCGCCGAGGAGAGGGUGGGGCACGAGGAGCCUGUAUCCCCGUCCGUCAUCGAAGCGGCGUCGCCUUCGCCUCCGAGUUCGGAGCAGACGCCCG